GUAUUGACGUCGACAGGAAGUGUUGAGCUGAGUUCCUUCUUCAAAACUUGAGUUUUGUCGUGUUGUGUUGGUAAUGUUUGUACUAUUCGACCUGUGACCAUGCCUGUGCAGAGCGUGCCAGUACGAGAUGUGUCUGUUCAUUACCGUUUACUACAACAGUAUCUGUUUCUGCUGAAGAAAUACCCCAUCCUCACCAAGUCAAUAACGAGGUCUGUUCACUGUUUAUUCACUGACUGACUGGUUUGUGUAUGUUUUACGGCUGCUGGCUGGUUGCUGUCGUGUUUUUCCAGUUGGACAAUUCCGAGUUGAGACGUUGUUGUUUACUUUACUACUCACAAACCACUCUUUUUGGAUCAAUCAAACUACUAUAGAUAGACUAAAUAACGUCUUCAAUUGUUGUAAAUACUAACUUUUAGUGCAUCUUUGUUUGUACAGACCACAGGCUGCCCUUUUGGCCAGCACAGUUUUGGCCAAUCCGCUUCUGCACACAGAACCUCCCCUACUAAUGUCCGAAUUAUUUCAUGACAGUAGGGGAGACCGGGGCUUGUUGUCACACUUUUCACACUCUUACAUAUUUCUUGCAAUCAAUACAUCAUAUAUAAACAAAAUGUGAACCAGAUUAAAGACCAAAGUCUCAGGUAUAUUUUCUGUAUUCAUGUCAUUUUCAUAUCUUGUGUCAGUGCAGAGUUAUAAGCAAUCAAAUAGAGAGCGUGGACAUGUGACAUGGGGUAAGAUGUCACAGUGGAUUUGCAGCUAAUAAAACAAGGACAAAAUUAUUGUUGUUCCCCUUUUUUUCCAUGAAAGUGAACAUCAAAGUCAGGCACAGAAAAUGUUUAUCAUUGAGCUAGAAAAACUCAUUGAACAAACGCUAACAUAAAAUAUUAUGCAACAUGCUCUUGAGUUUGGAGAGCUGUCUGACUCUGUAUUUCAGCUGGGCUGGGGUGAAUGUUUUGCAGUACUGAGCCAAGGUAUGGUAGUUGACAUUAAAGUCCUUUAUUGUACUCCAGAUUGAUUUAUUAGCUAGGGUCACCUGUCUGACUGCCCUCAGCAUCACGUCAGGUACUGCACUAUGUUCUGGUUUUCUUUUGUAACUCCUGACCAUGUAUUCUCCCUUUCUCAUCUCCUUUAAAGCACUCUUUUUUUUGUGAAAGUUAAGUCAAAAUUUCUGUAUGACAACUGCUGAUCAGCAGACUCUCUAUAUUAAUUUUAACCCCUUUUAAACAUGUGACAACUAACCCCAAAAUGACUGAGACUUGUUGCCCCAAACUACCAUGUUUGCUAAUUAUAGCACUAGUUUAAAGUUAGCUUAAAUCAGAACAAUGACUGAGCUAUGACAGGAUGCCUUAAUCUCUUCUCUAGCAAGUCCACAUGUAUCACUGCUAGGAUUUUUAUCUGGAAGAAGCUUAUUUUAAAAUAUAUAAAGUUAUUUUUUUUUUACUUUGGGUUGGGCAAAAGGGUUUAUUGGCACUCAUCUCAGCUCACAAUGUUCUCUUCUCAGACAAGACACAACCCCUGACCAUGUAAAAGAAGAAAACUAGUAUUCCACUUUUUAGUUGCGCCCUUUGUGGCAAAGAUAUCUGCAAUGUGACAACUUACCUGUGUGACAACAAGCCCCGGUCUCCCCUACCUUUUUAUAAUUUCAGGCUAAAGUUGUUGUAUUUGUGUUUUUCUUUUGAUAUUUUCAGUGGCAUCCUCUCAGCAUUAGGAAACCUUUUGUCUCAGGUUUUGGAGGCGAGAAAAAGGGCCAAAAACGGUGUCCCAGCCAAUGAGAUUGACAAAGUUGGAGCUACACGAUAUGCAAUUUAUGGGUGAGUGACAGGGUUGAGGGUGAUGUGCCUUUCAACUUUGUUUAUUUUUUGGCUAAUGAAACAAAAAUGAAGUUGCAUGCCCUCUGUGGUAUGUUCUUAAUGGUGUAAAAUAAGCUAUUUUAAAAAUCUAUCAUUCAUAGUAAACAAAUAAAAAGAGAAUACAGUGUCACCCUUUAAAAUUGAUUUUAAAAUCAAACAUUCACUCAUAUCGUUGUGUUGUUUUUAUGUGUUAGGUUGUUUAUCACUGGGCCAGUGAGCCAUUACUUCUACCAGCUGAUGGAGUUAUGGAUACCCACCACAGACCCACUCUGUAUAGUCAAACGUCUGCUUCUUGAUCGGCUCAUUUUUGCCCCUGGCUUUCUCCUCCUUUUCUACUUUGUAAUGAACAUCCUGGAGGUGGGUCUUCUGAGAAUGUCUCCCAUCAGCACAACUGGUCCAUGUAAUACUGUGUAGCACUUGGUGGCCACAAGGUGGCUGACUCGUGUUAAACAAAAUUUACUACAAUUUCUGCCUGAAAGGUGUUCUGGAUUUGUGUUUGUGUGAUUUUAUUGUUUUCAAAGUCAAACACACUUAAAAGUCUAGUAUAUAGACUAAAGGAUAUGCGUACAUAAAGUAAAUCAAGUCUUUUUUUAGGCCAAAGGUUGGGAAGACUUUGAGAAGAAGAUGAGAGCAAGUUACUGGUCAGCUUUGAAGAUGAACUGGAAAGUGUGGACUCCCUUCCAGUUCAUCAAUAUCAACUUUGUGCCUGUUCAGGUAUGAAUGUUAUUGUUAAAAUUUUGAUAAAAAAAGAUAAUGAAUCACGUGGUGGCGUCACGCUUAAUGUAUUCAUGUGCCUGUUUGUGCUUUCAGUUCAGAGUGCUGUUUGCCAACAUGGUUGCUUUGUUUUGGUAUGCCUACCUUGCAUCUGUGAGAAAAUGAAGCGACCUGAACCAAGGAAAAAAAUGAACCUGGAGGAAUCCUCCAUCUUUACAAUGGCUAUAAUGUCUAACGUUUGUUUGUUUAUUGAACUAUAACCCACUUGUUUCUAAUCUGGUCAAAAACUCUCCCUUACUCUGAUGACUGUCUGCCAAAAUACCCUUUCAUGGAAGUUAUGCCUCUAUCAAAUGCUGCUAUAACAAUCUUCAUGACUGCCUUAAUAAUUAUAAAGUAAACAUAGUUUAAUUUAUUUUUCACUAAACACUGGAAAAUUGUGGAAAGAACUAAAUGUAUGUAUUUAUUAGUUUAAGGGAUAUUCCAGCGUAAAAUUAAUCUAGGGUCAAACACACCGUAACACCGAGUUAGACACGAGAGAUGAAUGUUGCCAACCGCUUGCUUCUCUAGUUAUACCAACUUCAGUAACAACCGCACGACAGUAGUACACAGCGGUCUAAGGAGUCACACAAAGAACUCAACCAAAACACCACUCUACAGCCACAAAUAAUGCUCAGAACAGCACCUAACUUCAUCAACAGUACAUAUAGGGUCCUAGUCACAGUACUAGCCACCAAACAUCUUUGCCUAAUUUCUUUAGCAGAGAGACUAAACACAACCCACCUACUCUCUUCCAGCAGCUGCUUGUUUGUAGCAAGACCUCGGGCCAGUCCAUUACAGACUGCAGUGGGGUGAUGCAGCUCAAGGAAGAACAUUUAUGAUCAUUUUUUUAUGGAAAUGCAAUCAGACCAAGACGCCAAGGCAGAAGAACUACCGUGUCUGCAGUGCAAAAUGAUUAAUAUGGUGAUUAUUACUUCAAGGAAAUGAUAAAGAUACUGCCAUAAAUGUCCUUCCUUGAGCUGUGUCACCCCGCUGCAGUCUUUAAUGGACUGGACUGAGGUCUUGCUACAAACAAGCAGCUGCUGGAUGAGAAUGGUUGAGUUGUGUUUAGUCUCUUUCCUAAAGAAAUCAGAGAAAAAGUUAAAAAGAUGUUUGGUUUCUAGUGCUAUGACUGGGGCCCUAUAUGUACUGUUGAUGAAGUUAGGUGCUGUUCUGAGCAUUAUUUGUGGCUAUAGAGUGGUAUUUUGGUUGAGGUUUGUGUUUGACCCUAAAUUCAUUUUAUGCCGGAAUAUUCCUUUAAAUUGGAACCAUUUGUCUGAGACACUUGAACCCUGGUAAUAGCAAUUUUGAUAUUUCACUGCUAAAGACUGACUGUGUGUCAGUUGGUGCAGCUCCUCCAAAGAGCUGAAGAAGUGUUUCUGUGUGAUACAUAAAAUAAGACACGUUUAAAUCUGUUUAAAGGAUUUUAUUUGUUAACAUUGUUCAUUUAAAAAAACACAAUUACAUCCAUUUGAGAAAAUAACAGAUCAUAAUGUGCCUUAAUCAUUAUCCACUGUAAUGGUCAAUGAUUUAUAAGCCAUAACAAACUUUUAAGACAUGCAACAGGAAUGUUUCAUUCAAAAUAAAAUAUAUUACAUAACAAAUAGCCUGACAACAUUUGUUCUUCGUCUGUAUUAAAUAGUAUGAUAAUUAAUAGAAACAGUUAAGAAAGUUGUUUACGAGCCAUCAGUGUCUUCAGCCUCCUCUCAGGCGCAUCACCAUCUGGAUAGUACUCUGAUCUUUAACGUUGUAGUCGGAGAGUUUCCCGCUUGUCAUAUCUCUGCCCUGAAAAAUCAACCUCUGCUGGCUCACAGCGACCCCCUCCACUUUCUCGACUUUUCUCUUUAACAUGUCCACAGUCUCAUCCUUCGUUAUGUCGUAGGUUUUCGUAUUUCCCUUCUCGUUCCUGACAAACACCUGUGGUUUGGUGAUCAGCAGAAUGACCUGGGAGCCGGAGUGAAGGGAGUAAUCUCUCAGGGUCUUGUUGUCAUCGUUGAGAAACGUCUUGUCCCCGUUCUCAAAGACCAGCCUUUGCUCCUCACAGGGAAACCUGAGCUUCUCCUGGAUCAGUCUCUUCAGAGACCCCACGGUGUCUUGAGGGUUCACCGUCAGAGAAUGGCGAUCGCCGUUCAUCAUUACAAUGGAUAUUUCCAUCAUCGAAAGCUCCUAAAACAACAAUAGAAGAAACAAAGUGAGGAUAAUAAAUAAAAGCAAAGUGUAGCAGGAUAAAGUUGCGUUGAUAGAACAAAUUUUCUCACCUUUUGCUAACUUCGAAAACUCCUGUGAAACUUCUUUAAAAGUCCGUAGCUUCUGCAACAGGAAGUGGUGCACAGCACAAUUUAUAGAGUCCGAGGCGGGAGAUUCAGAUUCAGAAGUUCGAGAAUGUUCGGUAAUAUUCUAGAACAUUACAUCAUUACAUAGAAUAAGACCCCCCCC